ACACAAAUAAAUAGAGAAAUUUCGAGCAUGUGAAGACAGACCUGAACCACUGUGCAGCUGUUGCCGCAGCCAUCGCUGGGGGGCAGGCAGCGCUAUUUAUAGACGUGUUGCAUACGCAGCGUCUGUGCAUCUGUGCUGCAGCAGACACAAUGCGUUUGUUAGUAUCUUACGAAUCGGCGUCCAGCAUCGAUGGCUUCACUUGGCGUACGGCGCAUGAAUCAGCCGCUGGGCAUCCGGGUCUGCUGCUGUCGCAUUUGUACCUGCAUCAACUUUGGCUUUGUGCUCUCGCCGGGCGGCCUGCUCAAGCUGAUGCAGCUCGGCCUGGCCACGCUGUGCGAGGGUCUGCUGAUACGCUACGGCGUGCCAUAUGCCGAUUCCAUUGGCCAGGCGCUGACCAGCUUCCUGGCCACAACGGGCCACUGCUUCACCACCACGGGCAUAUUGCUGCUCUGCUAUUGUUUCUCGGACAAGUCGUACGGCCUCAUACGCCAGUCGCUCUUUGAAACACUGUUCCAUGGCCUGGCCAGCUGCAUGUACUUCAGCUCGGCCAGCUACAUGGGCUUCGCCUGCGUUGUCUGGCUGCAUCCGCAAUUUCUAGUGCGUCCCGGCUUCUGGGCAUAUCCGGCCAUGACUGCCGCCUACUACAUGGGCUAUGCAGCGGGUCUCCUACAUGCUAUCGACGCCUAUCUCUCCUUCAAGCACUUUCGCAGGGUUAGCUAAGAGCGAUGGGCUUUAAGUUUAUCCAGCCCAGACAAGCACAACUAUGCAACGACUUUGUCUAGAAUUAAGAAAUACUUAUAAGUAUAUAUAGAUAUAUAUAUAUAUAUAUACUAAGACUUUUCGCUGACUGAUCUCUCCCAUAAAGAUGUCCCAGAAAUUCGCAGUCAUCAGGCAAUUACUGUUUAUACACUAUGUGCAUUUAUGCAGUUAGGUACGUGAAAUGUAUUUAAUAUAUAGCUAAAUAUGAGCGCAAACUCGUAUUUAAGGCACCAUUAGUUGAGAGAUUUACAAUAAAAGCAUUUAAGUAUA